AAUGUCUAAUGAUUAAUUACCUUUAAUCUUUUCAAUAUGUAUUUAUAGAUGCCAUAUUAGUCAAAAGAUUAUAAAAGACAUCCAGAUUUAAUUCCAUUUUGUUUUCCAAUCAGAAUCUCACGAAAUUCCAAUCUUCAUAAUCUCUAAAUUAUUAAAAAUGUUUGAUUAAAUUUCAAUAUGUAUUACAUUUAAAAAGAAAAAAAAGUAUCACAGAUUCUUUAACCAAAUGUCAAUAUUAAAACGAACUAAACGUGAUGGACCGUCGAACGACGAAGGCUGAUCUAAAUCCAUGAGGGCUGUUUACCACGCUCGACUGCUUCAUCUGCUCCCCACUUCGAUUCGCCAGGACGUCAGCUGGAACUUGCGUGGUGCGUCCUGGGUGUGCAGCGUGCCGCUGCAGCUUCUAGUCCAUUGUCACGAUCCGAAAGACGAUAGAGACAGAAGGAAAAGAAAGAAACUUGCGGUGAAAAUUAUCGACUAAUCAGACUUCGUUUCAAUAAGACUUGUAUCAUCGAACUUGGACCUACGUAACCUCACUUUUGUCACUUCGUUCGUCCCGUUUUUCAUUUCGUAUCAUAAACUCGCGUUAAUGGAACACGAGUUUAUGGAUUCGUCUUUCUUUAACAGAGAUACUGUCCCAUUAAAUAUCACAGUGCGUGUAAAUAGACGUGAUUUCGUGCAUUUAUAAGAUUCGUUUCAUCUAUGCAAAGUGGUAUAUGUAAUACGUUGCGGACAUAGACGGUACGAGCGUCGAAACUGUCGCAUGUCUCGCAUUUCAUUGUGCCCGAAGAAACCGGCGUGAAUGUUCGUAUUAAUUGAAUAGUAUACGUUGAUGAAACGUCUUUUUCUGUGCCGAUUUGUUGGCGUGAUAUUUGAGUGAAUAUAUAUUGGAAGACAGAAAAAUAAAAACAAGAGCACUGCCAGUAUCAGAAUCGUUUGUCAAAUAAAUCAAUCAUCUUCUAAUUUGCAUUGUAGCUUGAGAAAGGGACCGCGAGGAUCGACGCGCGGCAUCAUCUUUGAUUCUGUGAAGAUCGGAUGUGGACAUUGCGCCAUUCGAUCGACAGAACGGUAGCAACGGAGGUAACCGCGUGUUCAAACGACCUGGCACGUGGGUGGGUGUAUUGGAUGAGAAGGGGUGAUUGUCGGUGAUGGACAAUGAGCAGCCGCAUCAGGAACUGGUCAAGUGUGUGGUCGUCGGUGACACGGCAGUUGGAAAGACCAGGCUGAUAUGCGCAAGGGCCUGCAAUAAACACGUGUCACUUUCGCAACUUUUGACAACUCACGUGCCCACCGUUUGGGCCAUCGACCAGUACAGGAUAUACAAGGACGUCUUAGAACGAUCCUGGGAAGUAGUCGAUAACGUGAAUGUCUCCCUGCGACUUUGGGACACAUUUGGUGAUCACGAAAAAGAUAGACGUUUCGCGUACGGCAGAUCAGACGUCGUGCUACUAUGUUUCUCCAUAACCAAUCCCGUUUCGCUACGGAAUUGCAAGGCGAUGUGGUACCCAGAAAUACGACGGUUCUGCCCGCAGACCCCCGUGCUGUUAGUGGGAUGCAAGAACGAUCUGCGUUACAUGUAUCGAGAUGAAACUUAUUUGAGCUAUUUUCGUGAUCGAAGUCCGUUCGUGAGAGCUACGAGGAAGAGCGAUCUGGUAAUGCCCGAUCAAGCUCGAGCCGUUGCACGUGAACUUGGCGUUUGUUAUUACGAGACCAGUGUCUUCACGUAUUACGGUGUUAAUGAAGUGUUCGAAAAUUCGAUACGUGCUGCCUUAAUUGCAAGGCGUCAGCAACGAUUUUGGAUGACGAACUUGAAAAGGGUGCAGAGACCUCUGCUUCAGGCACCAUUUUGUCCACCGAAACCUGUUCCACCGGAAGUGUGUCUAGCCGCAAGCACUUAUGAAGAGAAUAUGAAGACACUAUGGACAAAGCCUGUUCACACUGACGUGACCUUAAUAGCCGGAAACUGCACGUUUUCCGCUCAUAGGUGUCUUUUAGCCGCUGCAUCGCCUGCAUUUCAUCGACUUUUCUCUAUGGAACUUGUUCAAGAGCAAACACCUCGAAGUUCUAGCGAAUCUAGCAUGGUAAGUACGUUUGGUGAAGCAACGGUCGGUGAUUUCAACGAUGACACCGAGUGCCUGAUUCGUAUCGAUCAAUCAAAACCUGCAAAAGUUUGGGAACAAUUGAAGCGACGUUCGAGCUUUCAAGUACUGCCCACCAUGGACAACCAAAAGAAACCGACUGGUACUACCAGAGAUCUUAAUCAUCCUGCCUUCCAAAACAUUCGUGUAUGUUUGACUGAGAAUACAAACGGAAUGCAGCAAUCAACGACAGUGGUUACGCUGUCUAAGUUAAUUACGCCGCAGGCAAUGCAGCAAUGUUUGCAGUUCAUUUAUACGGGCAGCUUGGAUAAACGGUAUCACGAUCUACAAACAGCUCCUAUUGGGCUUCUACUGGAAAUUAGACAGGCAGCGGAAUUCUUGGAGCUUCCGCAAUUGUUGAUGGUGCUUGGAACUCUACAAACUAGAGAUCAAUUUAAUAAUGAUCUUAAUAAUCGCUACAAACACGUAGUGAGACAACGUUUAGAAGAUAUUUGUCUAGAACAAGGACUCUUCGCCGAUGUAACAUUUGAAUUAGAUGAUGGAAGUGUUCCAGCCCAUAAAGCAAUUCUCACUGCCCGAUGCGAUGUGAUGAAAGCUAUGUUCUCCGGUGAUUUUCGUGAAAGCAGCGCAAAAGUAAUAGUGUUUCCUGGUGUACGCGAAUACACGUUUCACAAACUGCUUUGUUAUCUCUAUACGGAUGAAGUGCCAGCAAUUUCCUCUGCCAGAUGUUUGAACCUCUUAGAAUUGGCAAAUCGUCUCUGCUUACCACGACUAGUAAACUUGGUCGAGAGCAGAGUAAUCGAAGAUCUCGAGAGAUUGUCUCAAAACGAGGGAAACGAGGCCGUGGAGAAUUGUCUGAGAUUACUAGAACCGUGCAAGUUGCAUAACGCCGAUCAACUAGCUGACUGGUGUAUGAACUACUUAUGCGUGAAUUAUAACAAAUUGUGCAAGAUGUCUCCACGAAGUGUGCGUCUUUUACAUCCAGAGAAUCAAGAAUAUUUAAAUGAGCAUCGAUGGCCUCCAGUGUGGUAUUUAAAAGAUUACGAUUAUUAUCAAAAAUGUUUAGCGGAACGAGAUCGAGAGAAUAAGCCAACAUUAAAAAGAAAUCGUAAUCAGUCCGGUUGUUUAUGCUUUUCUGGCACAAGUAAAACUAGAAGAGAAAGUUCCAGCGGUGGUGAAGGUACAGCAUCAUCAGCGAACAACGAUCCACAAUCUGAACGACCUUUGUUCGACUCGAUCGAGUCUGGUGAACAGGUUGUAUGACAAGAGCCCAGCGGCCUACGCCGCUCAAUCCGAUUCAUUUUGGUCCUACCCGUGCUCAUGGUCUUCAUAUGCACCAUUUUUACUAUUUUGAUACUGCUACAAAUUUAUACUUAAGAAAAUUUAAACGCCGAUAACAAUUUAUGCACAUUGAGGAUGCCUAAAAGCAAAAAAA